GAUUUGAGUUUGGUUUUAAUGGUGGAAAGCUAGGAGUGGUUGGCUGUUGUUACAUUUUCAGCAAUGUGGACAUGGCAGCUCCCCCGUACAUGUCGGAGUCAUCGGAUUCAGGCAAAUCAUCCUCAAACGACCAGUCUUUGUCCAACCGGAGCAGUAACAGAAGUCAGAGGGUCGCCGAAAAAGAGAGACGGAAAAAUGUGGCGAAGGACCCAUUUGUUCUGGCUGUAAAGUAUUUCUCUGACGUUGAGGCAGGUACUCCCGUGAUUGGCAAUGAUGCCUUCGAGGGGAACCUGGUCGCGGUGGAGCAGGUGGCAUACGCUAAAGGACUCCCGCCGGACGUCAUCUCCGUGAUGUUGGAGUUUGCCAUGAGCCUUCGCAUGGGAACAAGUAUGUGCCCCCGAGUGCUAAAGUGCCUGAUCCCCGCUACGGUGGUGCCUCAGGACGCUGUUGUUCGAGCCAUAGCUUGGCUGGGUGUCUCCAAAAUACCCAUAAAUACACAAGUUCUUUUCAUCAAGUGGGUGUUGACCAUUUUUGACAUGAUUGACGCAAAGGAUCAACUGAGAGCAGUCUAUGGCUUCAUUUUCAGCUUUGUGACAGAGGAAAACCUGUGUCCCUUCAUCUGCCACCUGUUGUACCUUCUGACGACAAAGCAAAACGUGCGAGUGUUUCGAGUCCGAAAGCUACUGGAUUUGCAAACCAAACUGGGAAGACAGCCCUUCCUUCUGCACAUCCUGUCCCUUUAUAAAGUGUUUUGCCCAGAACUGGUGACACUCUCUAUUCCGUCCAGAAUGAGGAGUGGGUUUAGGAAUCACAACUCACCAUGGAAAUCUGCGCUAGCUUGUGUGCAGAAGAAGAACGCUGCGUUGGUUUCCCCCAAUGCUGAUGUGACCCUCACAAUCAAAGAUCAUAGCAACCCAAGAAAAAAAAGGAAACACCGCCACUUGGAACUGCCAGUGCUGAGUUGUGCAAUUAAUAAGGAGUCUCAGACUGAAUCGUUCUUCAGCAGAAAAUUUGUCCCUCUGGCGCAGCUCCGGUCCUUUGCGGAGCUUUUGGAGAACAUGCACCGUAUCGAGCUGCCGGCUCAGAUGGGCUCUCUCCUGUCCACCAGUGUGGCUCUGCACUACCUGGACUGUGUGCAGGAGGAGUCGGCCCUCCUCCGUCUGAACUACUGGCUGGGCUACGCGCUCCGAGAAGAAUUUUUGUUUUGUCGAGAUGGCGGCCCAUCCCAGAGUUCCGAUGAGGCGCUGCAGUUUUUGGACAGGCUGCUGUCGGCGCACCACUUUCUCCAGGAGGGGUUUUCUAGUUCCGAAGGGUUUCUCUACAAGUUCCUUACUGUUUGGGACGGAUGCCUUAUGCGACCACAGAUCCUCGGCCUGCUGAGCAACAUUCCUGUGGUCCCAAGCUACCAAAUGGACCAGCUUCUGUUGAAGCCCCUCAAGCAGCUCUACUUCAUGUCUUCACCGUUUUUCAAGUGUGGGCUGUUGGAAUGUCUGAAUGGAAUGCUGCGGAAUUGGCUGACCUGGCACUCUGUGUACGCUCUGGAAGACAACUUGGACGUUAGCAUCAACAGCCAUGCCUCCAUAUCCAUGACUUUGUCGGGCUUUAAGGAUUCCGUGUUGAAGCUGGUGCAAUUUGUGGGUCAUUUGGCAAGCGUGGGGCUGCAGGUGGAGAGCUGCCAUUCGCUCCUGCUCAACUUCAUCCUGGAAUUUUACGAGACGGUGUGCGACAUGUUUUUGAAGUACGGGCUCCCGCUCAUUGUGCUACCGCCGCCCGCCGUUUUCUACCCGGCGCUGCUCGCGACCGACCCUGUCAGUGUGGACCUCCUGGCCUACAUCAUGCACAGGUACAAGGUGAACAUGGUUUUUGCCAAAAGCCAGGAGAAAAUCACAGAGGCUUUUCGCACCAGCCGCCAGACCUUCAGGGAGUUCAACCACUACGUACUCGACAUGGUCAACUUCCUAUGGAACGGCAAGAUGUUCCAGUCAGGUGUCAACAUGCAGCUGGACGAGGACGUGCUGCAAAGGAGCAAAGUACCCGAGGGCUCCGCCAGUUUCGACCUCAUCCAUCACCCGGCCUUUAUGGGCUACGCUGUCGACUUCCACCGCAAGUGUUGGCCCGAAAGAGAAGACCUGGAUCUCCGUUCCAUUAAGCAUGUCAAGCCGUGGGGCUGGUACAUGGAGUAUCUGUCCUCGCAGGGCUACGAUGGCCUGCAACUCUUUACGCGCACCAACACCAUCCGGCAACUGCCGUCGGAGGGCGGCAAGGACGACAGCGCCGCCUCGCAGGGAUAGCGAGGGGGGGGGGGGGAAUAGACUUAUUUUUCCUUAAAGGACUUGUUUAUACUUUAUCUCAUCGGCUUCUUCUUCAAGCAGGCUCAUUGGCUUGGGAGUAUCUUUUGAAUGUACAUAAGUUAUUUGUUUAUUUCCCGUUUUUAAUGACAGCACGGUCUGUUCAGUGACAUUUGACUCUAGUGGUUUUUAGUGUUGUGCUUUUUUGCUUGCAAUACAAAGCAGCUUUUCAGUG